AUGUUCAUCCUUACCACUCUCUCCGAUCUGAUUCAGAUCGCCCCCGAAGACUUUUCCAAGUAUAGUUCGGUGGCUAUUGAAGACAACAUCAACGAGAAGUACGCCAAUAAAGUCAUCCAAAAGAUUGGUCUUUGCAUUGGCUUCUAUGACUUGCUCGAAUCCUCCGACGGUCUCAUUGGCCAUGGAACCGGUCUGGUGAAUGUGAAUGUGAAAUUCCGUCUGAUUGUUUUCCGCCCUUUCAAAGGCGAGAUCAUGCUGGGAAAGAUCUCCAGCGCCACCGAGCACGGCAUCAAGAGUAUGUCCCUUCCUGCGGCGACGACGGUCACCCCACUGAGCAUUCCAGUUGGUGUCGAGUUCUUCAACGACAUCCUCGUCCCCCCUAACCUGCUCCUUGACGGCGCAAGAUUUGACUACGCCGACCAAGUGUGGAUCUGGGAAAACGAAGACGGCUCUACGUUCUACUUUGACGUGGGCGAAAUUGUCCGACUCCGUGUGGAGAUGGAAGAAUGGCAUGACCAGAUUCCCAACGCACCGGAUCUGGGCGAUGGCGCGACCAGCGAGCGAAAACCGCCUUACUCGAUCAUUGUACGUCCGAACUAUGUCACCUCCGACUUGGAGUAA